AAUUCCCCACCAAUCAUCAUCAGUGCAAACUGGGCAAAGUGCACGAGAAUAUUUUUGUACAUUUCGUACAUAAAGAUCAAUUAAUUAAAAUCCAGCGAAUGUAAUCCUUUGUUCGUGCGAAUGUUUGUAGAAUUUAAUCGAUAUAGCUUCGCUCAUCUCAACGAAUAAUUUCCGGUGAUGUGAAAAAUUUCUGACAUCUUCAUCGAGGAAGCAAUCAGACCCGUCAAACGUAGAUUACGUUACUGGUGGAAAAUUUUAAGCAUGUAAGCGCCGUGUCGACGAACAUCGCUGCAAAUAAGAAACUAAUACUUACAAAAUGAACGGAUACAGCCACAGUGCUUCGUUGAACAAACCUCGAGUCGAAAUUACCGAGCAGCCUGCCCCGAAAGCUUUGCGGUUUCGAUACGAAUGCGAAGGUCGCUCAGCCGGCAGUAUACCCGGAGUGCAUAGUACUUCCGAAAAUCGCACAUAUCCGACUAUUCGCAUCGUCGGCUAUAAUGGAGAAGAAGACAUCGUUAUCAUCGUAUCAUGCGUGACGAAAAAUCAACCUUAUCUCGCUCAUCCGCAUAAUUUAGUCGGUAAAGAUUGCAAAGAAGGCGUUUGCUCGGUUCCACUUGAUAAAGAAUCCAAGAUCGCCACAUUUUCAAAUCUAGGAAUACAAUGCGUGAAAAAGAGAGAUAUAGAAGCCGCUCUAAGGCUUCGGCAAGAGAAGAAAGUCGAUCCUUUUGGAAAUGGAUUCGAACAUAUGAACAAUCCGAGUUCUAUCGAUCUCAAUUGCGUCAGAUUAUGUUUUCAAGCAAUUGUCAAAGGCCCUCAGCCUAGAUUACUUGGUAGAGCUGUUUCCGAUCCAGUCUACGAUAAAAAAGCCAUGUCAGAUUUAUUAAUUAUUAGAUUAAGUCACGCCAGUGCUUCCGUUCGAGGUGGUUUAGAAAUGAUGCUUUUAUGUGAAAAAAUAACGAAAGAGGAUAUUAAAGUUAGAUUUUACGAAGAAUCACAAGGACACGAAGUAUGGGAAGCUUUCGCCGACAUCAUACUUGUUCAUAAACAAGUGGCAAUCGCGUUUAAAACGCCAGCUUAUCAUAAUCAAGAAGCACAUGAUAAAGUAUCGGUAUUCAUGCAGUUGUUCAGGCCUUCGGAUAAAGCAGCCAGCGAACCAGUGCAAUUUCACUUCACCCCGGAUUCAGGUAAACAAGCAUUUCGCCUGUUACGUUCUCUCAAACCCGACUUCGAUGUACUUGCCAAUAUUUUAGCCGACAAAGAACAUCCUCUAACUAAAGAGUUAUUAAAAAUACGACGCGAUUCCGCUUCCGACUACAACGACAUCGACUCGGACGAUGAUAACGAUUCCGUUCACGGCCAAUUACUUAUCGACGAACGAGCUCCUAGCGACGACGACAGUUCAAUCAACACCACGUCAAACGACGAUAAAAGCUCCAAAUCAUCGUGGCCUCUCGACAGCUCGUACUGUUUCUCCAGCAGCAAAGAAGCCAUCGAUACGUUGACGACAGCGCGGCAAGAACGUUUACGAGAUCUAGGCGUCGUUUUCAGCGAAAACGAAGACGCCGCCGACGAAUUAGAAGGUAGACAUUUUCUGGACUUCGUCUCAAACGUCAAUAAACUAAAACCACCGCCGAAACCAGACGAAGACGACGAACAACCCGAAGAUUUAUCCAAAAAUGAUCGAGAUGAUGAAAACUUCGGUCUUUAUACUAGUUUACAAAUGGCCAUGAAGAAUAGAAUUAAAAUACCCGAGCUAAGAAAAAUAGUCAUAAAACCAGCAUCUCCGGCCGAACAUUACGAAUCAAUAGCUCCGCCGCCGAGACCGUCGUCAACCAAACCCAUAUUUAAAACCGAACCUUCGCUAAUCGAAUCCGAAACCUUGCCUCCGUUACCUCCGAAAAGAGUCAAGAAAAAUCCUACCAAAAGUUUACCAGCGGUACCGGAAAAAGAAACCAAAUUAGCUAUAAUAAGAAAAUUUUUACCAAAAAUAGGCAAAUCGAAGAAACCAAUGAAAAAUGAUACUACCAGUCGUCGAUCGUCGAUUAAAUCUAAAACGAGCUUAGAUAAAGUAUCGCUCAGCGAUAGCGAUAUAUCGCUUACCGAAGCUGAACAUUACGCUUUAUACACUUCGGUCGCUCCUCGAGCUACUGAUUCGGAAUUUGAUGAGAAUUCGUGUUAUUAUAGUCCUGUCGAAGCGGAACCAGUCAAAUAAUCAUAAUACUUCCUUUCGCAUUUUUAACGUGUUCUUUUAUCAAGUACUGCCCUUUAUUGUAGCGUUGUUUAUUCCUUUAUUAAUCAACUUUCGCUAUAGUGACCAUGUUCAUUUAACGGUAAUUGUUUAGGGUUACUUGCCGUAAUUUUAUUGAAGUCGAAUUUUUUCGGGGGGAGGGUGGUCUUGAGAGUCCCUUUGUACUGAUGAUCGAGUUUAACUCCGAGAUGACUUUAAAUGUUGGUGGCUGUUUAUAUUCUUUGAACCUAUAUUCGGUGAUUUGAGAUUAUCAGAUCUUUAUUCAAUUCAAUUCAAUUCAAUUCUUUAAAGACUCCAAUACAAUUUAGCAUAAUUAUUUGGCCUUUGAUCUUGGUCAAGGUUUUUGUGCCAUUUUUCGUUCAAUAGGUACCACCGAAUAAUGAUUUUUGAGGACAUGAGAAGUUUCCGAGCUACACCAUGGAAGAUGGUACUUCCCAAAAUGUGUUCUUCGGGGGCUUUGUCCAAAGCUGUUUUCGACCUAUUGACUUGAAAUUUGGUUUGAAAGCGGAGAAGGUGCUGGAGGGCAAUGACCUUGAAUUUGUCCAAUUUUUUGCCUCAACAACGUUCUGAAAAUCUAUUUUGAAAACUUGAAGGAGGGGGGAGGGGAAGUCUGAAUUCUAGAAAAAUGAAAAAAAAAAUCAUUUUUACAGUUUUAGGUGUGCUUUCUACUGCAGAUAGUUUUUUUUUUUUUUGGAAUGUAGAUAACUUAAAACCUUUGCAAAACACAUUCCAGGAACCUACCAUUCAACCUUUCAGUGUGUUGGUGGAAAACUGCACACGUCCUCAUAAUUCAUCCUUUUAAAAUGCUAAAUGAAGAAUGACACAGAAUUCAAAAUUCGCCAGAAAAAUCAAAUCGGAAAAGUGGUUGUGUGUGGUGUGGAUUUUGUUCAAAAGUUUAUGGGACUGUAAAUCCAAAACAAACGCAAACCCAGGGCUUUUCAUCCAAAGGCCAAAACAAACUCGAAACCGCUUUAAACCUGAUUCAAAUUACAACCCAAGAUGAACCUCAACUGGACCCGUUAUAAUUUGGCAAACCCUAAACUAAAACUAACAUACAACCGAAAUCCAAUGUAGGUACCUGGAACUAAAACUGACAGGACUCAAUCGAAUUAUUUUGGUUUCGAGCUUUCAAAAUUUGUUUUAGUUUUUUUUUCAAUUUGAGAAAAAUUCCUUCAUUGUUUAUAUGAAACAUAAAAUAAUUGGUCAAUUCAUUGAUGCUAAUAGCGAUCUUUUCUAAUGAACCUGAAACCAAAACUGAACCCAAAAUCACAAAAUUUUGUGUGAACACUGUGAACCCUAAUGGAUUUCAUCCCGUUUCAAAUAUUGACCCAAAACCGAAUCAACAAUUAUUUUGGGUUUACAGCCUUGCCCAAAAACAAAGCUACUUGAAACUGAAUUCAAAUUACAAUCCAAAAUGAACCAUACAAUUCAUGGCAUCCAACAGAAUUUUUUUUGAAAAAAUCACUACUUUUUUCACCAUCUUUUUUCAACCAAAUUUUCAGAAAGAUUUCCACCCCCCCCCCCCCCCCUCUCUUCAUCAAAAAAUUGAUAAAGUCAAAUUUUUCACAAAAGAAUUUUAAAAAAAAAAUGGAAAAAAAUUUGCAUAAAAAGUAUUUUUUAAUUUCAUCAAAAAUAAACUUUUUUUCGAUGAUUUGAAGGUUUUUCAGGAUGUCUAUUAUUUUGAACAAGUCAUUUUCCCUGACUUUUCCAGGUUUUCCAGAUCAAUUUUCCAGAACAUUUUUUCCAAUUUUCUAUACUUAACCCAUACUUUAAUUAAAGAAAAAGUUUCAUUUUUUAGCUUUAAAACUUGAUUUUUAUUGAGUAACUAUCCAGAAAUUUUCGAAAAUUUGUGUUUCAAGAGAUGAAAAAUUAAUUGAAAUAUUAAUCCUACAAUUUUGAGACUGAGGCAGCGAAAUGGUCUAGUGAUAAUUUUGGUGUACUUUUUCAAUCAAAAAAAAAAUAACUACAAAUACCUGAGAUUAAAAUUUUUUCAUUUUUUCACGUCCCAAGUGUCAUCGGACGAUAUUCAUUAUUUAUUUUAAAUAACGUGAUAAUAUUGGUGAAUUUUUCCUAUUUAUUAUUGUCCAUCGUAGUUGGAUUUUCUAUUCGCGAGCUUAUUCGUGGUUUUUACGGGUACCUAUUCGACCAGAAAUAUAGCCCAUGUUCAAUAAUGAGCGUUAAUUUGUGCAAUAACCAAAACUAACCAUAGCUUGUUUAUUUUUUAAGCGAAAUAUUUUAUUGUAUAGAUAGUAUAAUUUUGUGUAGUAAUCGCGUGUUUUUUUAAAUGUACCUCUACCUAUACAAUAAUGGCGGCUGUUUUUUAUUAAUAUAAUAACUUAUUAUUCCGUUUGAUGAAGUUAAACGGUGUCGUGGUGAGAGAAAAAAAGAAGAAAAUGAUACCUUCGAAAUGAUAAAUAAUCCUAUAAUGUUAUCAAAAUAAGUUACUUAUUUUAUUAUCGAGCUUCUUGACAAUUAUCAUGUCGGCCUUUGUAAAAGAGUGAAAUUGAAUUUUUUUGGGUGCUUCGAAAAAUGAUAUUAAGUUGUAAUUUUUUUCAAAUACCUACUUAAAAGUUUAUUUAUUGUC